AUGACUGUCCGUAAGAACCACACUAAAAGUAAUAAAUCAAAGACACCUAAGCCACAACAACUACCACAACAAGACGAAUAUACUAGUAUGCCAGCCGAUAUUUCAAAGAAAGAUACAGCUACUAAGACUGAAGCUCAGCAAACUUCAGCAAUUAAACCAUUACAUUAUCAAUCUGCUACAUAUGAUCAUUUGAAAAAAUAUGAUGUUUUACAAGCUUAUGCUGAUAAGUAUGUUCCUCAAAUGAUUCUGACUUGGUUAGCUAUGUUAGCUACUACUACACAAUCUAUAAUAAAUUCUGUUAUAUCAACAGGAUUUGAAUCUAAUUAUGUUCCUCAUGGUUUCAAGACCCUCUUUAAUAAAUUAAUUUCAAAGACAAUGGCUUUGGAUGGUUUAUUAAAUUAUUUAGUAUUAGAUGAAGGUGUCGGUGCAUUUAAAAAAUCUUGGGAUAAACAGAAUGGUGUUCCAGGUGUUUGGUGUUUAUAUUUCACUUUAGAUUAUAUUGCUAAUUGUUUUAAUGUUUUAUUACAAAGAUUAGUUGUAAUUCCAUUAAAUCUUGGUUCAGUAAGUGAUUCAAAUAAAAAUACUGCCAAUAAUAGUAAAAAUAAUGCUGGUGUUUCUGAAACUUUAACUAAUGGUGUUUCAGUUGAAAAUGGUAAUAUGCCUCAUUUUGAUGAAUUAUCAUCAACUACAAAGAGUUUAACUCAAGAUCUACAUGCAAAGGUACGUAAUGAUUAUAUUCAACCAACAAAAGAAAAAGCAAAUAAAUUGAUCGUUGAACCAACUCAAAAUGUUUAUAAAACUGUCUCAGAAACUUAUGAAACUCAUCUAAACAAACAAAAUAACAAUGUUCCAAGAGCUUUAUAUUCAACUGGUAGAGAAAUUGGUAAUACUACUUUACAAAAAUUUAAUGGUUUAGUACAAUCCCAAUCUAAAGAAGAAGUCGACCAAUUAAAGACAAACUGA